AUGUCCCGCUGGCUCCUCCACGACCUUCCAGACGAGGACGACGGAUCCGGCGGCCAUCACCAAUAUCAGCCGACGGCCGAGGAGGUCGAGGAAGGGUGCAAGCGGUGGCUGGCGCAGAAUCCCGGACGCCUCGCGUGGGACUGCCCGUGCGAAGAGGCGAUCCGGUCGGGCAACCAGCAGGUUCGUCGUCGGUCUCGGAUAAAAAAAGGACCUUGCUCAAAAGUCCUCGAAAUGAUGCGUUUUUUACUUGCUCGCGUUGUCGGGUGCUUCAACAUCGACCCACAGCAAGAGACGAACGAGGAGAAGAGGGAGAUUCGCAUGGGCGCGCUCAUUUGCAUCUUUGUGCUGAUUGCGUUUGCGGUGCUCCUCAGGGUGUGCCUGGCGCCGCGGGCCAGGCGGGAGCGGCGCGAGCGAGAGGAGAGGGAAGCCCGCGAACGGAUCGAGGCCGCGGCGGCCAAGGAGAGGGAGAUCAGGCGCUCGUGGCGGACCGGCAUGUUUGCCGUUCAGCCCGACGGCGAGCACAUCGUGGUCAUGGUCAUGCACCCCGAGGAUGAGUCCAUGGGGGACUUUGGCCCGGCGCUCGUGGACGAGAAGGCUCUGGAGGCGGCGGCGCGCGCGGAGGGACCCGGCGUCGUCGUCGUGUCACGAGCGUCCUCACCCGCGCCGCCGACGCAUCGCAGGCGAUACUCCCGGGGACACGGGUACGAGUUCGACGCGUCGAUGGGGGUCGUGGUCGGCGGCGGCGGCGGCGACGCGGCGGCGGAAGGGGGUCGAGUCGACGCGACGCCGCCGCCGCCGCCGACGCCCGCGGGCGAACGGGAGGACGGGACGGGUGAGGUGACCGCCGACGUGGUGGUGGCGGUAAACGUGCCCGACGGGCGGUCGUGA